AUGACGGAGAAGGAGGUGCCGGAGCCGGCGGCUUCGCCCGGCCCAGGUGGGAAACCCAGGAGCCGGCCCGCUCGGCCCCCGCAGCUGCAGCGGCUGAAGCAGCUUUUCCGGCGGAAGCCCAAGGAGGAGGCGGCCCCGGAGGCGCAGCCCAACGGGGAGCUGCUCAGCCCCUCCGGGGGACCCAUCUACUACAUCUACGAGGAGGAGGAGGACGACGAGGAGGAAGAGGAGCCCGAGCCUCCCCCGGAGCCCCCCAAGCCCGUCAAUGACAAGCCCCACAAGCUCAAGGAUCACUACUUCAAAAAGCCCAAGUUCUGCGACGUUUGCGCCCGCAUGAUCGUCCUGAACAACAAGUUCGGGCUGCGGUGCAAGAACUGCAAGACCAACAUCCACCACCACUGCCAGUCGUACGUGGAGAUGCAGCGCUGCUUCGGCAAGAUCCCCCCAGGCUUUCGGCGGGCCUACAGCUCGCCCCUCUACAGCGACCAGCAGUUCGCCUGCGUCAAGGAGCUGCUCUGCGCCGCGGGGAAGCGCGAUUACCGCUAA